CCCGCGCAAAGUGGAGGUGGCGAGGCUCGCGGCUCAGCGGGAAAACGUCCACCUCGCGCUGCAAGUCUAGGGCCGCAGGCGCUGAGCCCCCGCAGGGAGGAGGGGCGGGCUCAGGGAGCCCCUCCCAGGGGGCGGGGCCAAGGGCUUCUCCCCCAGCACCGCUGUGCAGAGUCUGAAUCUCCAGGGUCUCCAGUUUAGAAAAGCCUAUGCAAAGCCUAGCAGAAGCCAAGGUGCUUAUCAGCAGAUCUCUUAUGAUUGUUUGGUAAAAGCUCUGCGGGUCUGCACAGGUCGCCUCCCUCGGAGCUCGGCGACUGAACGUCGGAGCCGGCCCUCGGCCCCCCUGCAGUCGGAAGGUUACAGCAGCGGGAGCCAGAGAGGCGGUGGCGGCGGCCCAGGAAGGAGCAGCAGCGCCCGGCAUUCCAUCGUAAGGAUAUACCACAAUUUAUUCAUCCAUUUAUCUGUUGAUGGACACUCUAGUUUGGGGCUUUCACGAAUAAAGUGCUCUUUGAUUGCUCUUGGAUAAAUCUCCAGGGUGGGAUUGCUGAGUCUUAUGGUAGGCUCUUGCUCUUGCAGAACUCCCAAGAUCUCAUAAAGAAAUUUGUAGUCAGAACUUUAUGCUGCAUUUUUAUUCAGGAAAGAAGCAGGAAGAGAAGAGUGUCAUUUCCUAGGAAUCCAGCACUGGAGAAACGCUUGUAUAAUGAGCCUGCCUAGCCAUGUGAUAUGAAUUGCAUCGAUUCCCUCUGGACCAGAGCCAAAUGAGUGGUUACUGAGCCACAGAGAGAGUGGGAUAUGAAGCUCCUUGAUGUUCCCGGGAGAACAAUUCUUCCAAGGAUGGUCUCCCAUUCAGAGUUGAGGAAACUUUUCUGUUCAGCUGAUGCAGUAUGCUUUGAUGUUGAUAGCACAGUCAUCAGAGAAGAAGGAAUUGAUGAGCUAGCCAAAUUCUGUGGAGUUGAGGAUGCUGUGUCAGAAAUGACACGGCGAGCCAUGGGUGGGGCAGUGCCUUUCAAGGCUGCCCUCACGGAGCGCUUAGCACUGAUCCAGCCCUCCAGGGAACAGGUACAAAGGCUCAUAGCAGAGCACCCCCCACACCUGACUCCUGGCAUAAGGGAGCUGGUAAGUCGCCUGCAAGAGCGAAAUGUUCAGGUUUUCCUAAUAUCUGGUGGCUUUAGGAGCAUUGUGGAGCACGUUGCUUCCAAGCUCAAUAUCCCAUCAACCAACGUAUUUGCCAAUAGGCUGAAAUUCUACUUCAAUGGUGAAUAUGCAGGUUUUGAUGAGAUGCAGCCAACAGCCGAAUCUGGUGGGAAAGGAAAAGUUAUUAAACUUUUAAAGGAAAAAUUUCAUUUUAAGAAAAUUAUCAUGAUUGGAGACGGAGCCACAGACAUGGAAGCCUGUCCUCCUGCUGAUGUUUUCAUUGGAUUUGGAGGAAAUGUGAUCAGACAACAAGUAAAAGACAACGCUGAAUGGUACAUCACUGAUUUUGUAGAGCUUUUAGGAGAACUUGAAGAAUAAUAUCAAUUUUUAUACAGUUUGUAACAACUUCGGUUAAUUUUUAAAAGUUAUACAGUUUGAUACCGUUUGCCUAAAAUUGCCUAUUACAACUUAAUGUAUAGAUUUGGUACUCAUUAUCUGUACUUCAAGUAAACUAUGGAAAACUGCUUUUUUUAACUGCAGUCCUAGUAUUAUCAUGACCAUUAAUUACCUGGAUAGUUUUAUAAUCUUAAUUCUUUAUGUAUUUUCCUAUCUGUAUUUUAUUUGAAGCCUUUUAAAGGUGGAUAGUAAAUUAAACACCGUCACUGUUGGAAAUAUGGGUUAGGCAGCUUUAGGUGACUAUUGGUUUUCCCUGUGGUAGGUAAAUAAAAGUUAUCCAUGUAUCAGAA